AUGUCGAAGGAAAACUUGAUCUUUAAACUGGAUAAUCUGGAAUAUCAGAUCCAUUAUUUACAAGGUACCAUUGAUAAUUUUCAACCACGUUUGCCUCAUACAAGUAAACUUUAUAAUGUUAAAGGUAGAAAAAAUCAAAAACGAUUACAACAGAAACUAAGUUCAUUAAAUGAAAAGAAAUUGUUACAAGAAAUAAAUUCUUUAAAAGUUACCAUUUUAGAUAAUAAGAUACAUAACGCAGAAAAACAUUUAACUAAAAAUUUUCAAAAAGCUAUCACUGAUGAUAUACGUAAAAACAUUGAAUCAUCCGAUACUACUGUUGAUGAAUUUAUUAACAGUAUUAUUAUUUCUAAAUUAUUAAAAUUGACACGAGGUAGAGUGAUGAAAAUGGUUAAUCAAAGACAAUUGGAUAGUAUACCGAAUUGGUAUGGAAAUCAUGAGUUUGAACAGAUAUGGAAGGAUAAAACAAAUAAGAAAAAUCCAAGUCAUGUAUGGAAUGAACUUGUCAUGAAAAUAGAUGGUGCUGCAAAAUUUGUUAGUUCUACAAUGAACAAUGGUAAAGUAAAAGAAAUUAUCUCUACUUAUGAGAAUGGUAUCAAUGUUUUAUUAGGCAUUGCGAUAAAGGAAGCCAAACAACUUGAAAAGAAAGAAGUUAUCGAAGAAGAAUCUGAUGGAGAAGAGGAAGUUUCUAAGAGUGAAGAUGACGAUGACGAAGAAGACGACGACGAAGAAAAUAUUAGCAUUGAAGAUGAUCUUGUCCCUGAUCAAGAUAUUGAUGAAGAGACAUUAAAACAAUAUGAUACAUUAUUAGCUGAUUCUGAUGGUGAUAGUGAAACAGAAGGAGGUAUUGCAUUGGAUAAUGACAUAAAUUACAAUGAAGUUACAGAUGAAGAACCUAGUGAUGAUGAGGAUGGUUCUACAGAAAAGAAAUAUAAUUUACCUCAAUUGAUGAAUGGUUAUUAUAGUGGUGAUGAAGAAGAAGCUUCAGAUUUAGAUGAACACGAAGAAAAACUUGUUCGUGAACAAACAAAGGCUCCUGAGAAGAAAAAUAGACGUGGUCAACGUGCAAGAAGAAGAAUAUGGGCACAAAAAUAUGGUCGUGAAGCAAAUCAUGUGCAACGUGAGAUUGAAGAGAAGAAAAAUGAAAGAGAGAAAAGACAAAGAGAGUAUGAAGAACGUGUAGAGAAACGUGCAGCAAAACAAGCUAAAUUAGAUAAAGUUAAUGCUAACUUGAUUCCUAUUGCAAAUGCUAAGAAAAUGGGUGGAAACUACAGUGGUAGUAGUAUUGGUAUUACAAGUAAAGAAACUGUUCAUAAAAGUGUCAAUGAGAAUCAUCCUUCUUGGGUUGCUAAGAAACAAGCUGAAGAGAAAUUAAAAAAUGCUAAAUUUGCUGGUAAGAAGAUUACAUUCGAUUAA